UCUCCAUAAAUGACUACUAGCAAUUGGACUUCUCUCAGUACUCAAAGCUCAGCUCACCACAUAAACAAAGGCACAUUGCAACUUCAUCACAGGGCAUCACCAUCGUUAUACCAACACGGAGACCAGCUACAGGGUAACUGGAUCGCACAGGGUCCUCAAACCAUUUCAAAUGCAACCUGAGAAAUUAUUUUAUAUUACCUACAAAAGCACUCCAGCAACUACUACUACUACUGCAUCCUUUUUUAUUUUAUUUUUUUAUUAUUCUGGAAAUCUACACGCAACUUUAAGGAGGUUUAUCUCAAAUGUAAAGACGGAACCGACACAGCAAUCAAACCCCGGUUCGGAAGAGCGCCCCCAGCCGAGCUCCGGCUCCGAGACCAGGCUAACGGAAAGUUCAGCAUCCGCUGCGGCUUCUUCUGAACUGUCCAGACAUACUCCUCUCGUCACACCUCCCCCAGGAAAAACAAGCACGAUUCAGCGAGCAAAAUAUCAACCAGAUAUGCCCUGUGUGCAGGCUCAGUAUGGCCCGUCACCCCCGAGCUCCAGCUAUGCCACACAGACCUACCCUUACGCAGGGGACUACAGCUCUGACGUCAUGAACCCGGACUACACCAAGUUUGGCAUGGACCUGAGUGGCGCAGAGAUCACUGCCGCCGCCACCACUUCCCUGCCCAGCUUCAGCACCUUCGUGGAGGGCUACACCGGCACCUACGAACUCAAGCCCUCCUGCCUGUACCAGAUGCAAUCCUCUGGCCAGAGACCCCUGAUUAAAGUGGAGGAUGCCCGUUACGCACCUCCGUCCAUCCAGCAGUCCCAGUCUGAGGACCCCAUGCCUAGCACCUCCAUGUACUUCAAGCCGUCUCCCCCUUCCACCCCCACCACCCCUGGCUUCCCUGGCCAGCAUGGGCCCUCAUCGAUGUGGGAUGACUCCCUGACACCUGUCCCCCCGGCCUGCAUGGCCCCCAGUCAUUUAAUGGAACCUGUUCCACAAAAGUCGACCCCCAGGUAUUCCCUGUUCCAUUUGAAGCAGUCCCCCCCACACACAGUGGGAUCUGGCAGUCACAUGUGCUACGAGCCCGGUCUGAGCCUGCCCAUGGGUCCCGAGAGAUCCCCCUCCUCUUCCUCUGUGGGGCAGCAGCCAGGCUUGGAGACGCACUUGUACCCCCUGCACCUGGGUAAGGUGAGCGGGCUACACUUCACCCCACUGACAAUGGGCCAAAGCCCCCAGAUCCUGGGGGAGAGCAGCCUCCCCUCUCCUCCCAGCCGCUCCUCCUCAUCCGGGGAGGGUACCUGUGCGGUGUGCGGGGACAACGCUGCCUGCCAGCACUAUGGGGUGCGCACCUGCGAGGGCUGCAAGGGCUUCUUCAAGAGAACGGUGCAGAAAAAUGCAAAAUAUGUUUGUUUGGCGAGCAAAAACUGCCCCGUGGACAAGCGCAGACGUAACCGGUGCCAGUACUGCCGGUUUCAGAAGUGUCUGAGUGUGGGGAUGGUAAAGGAAGUGGUCCGUACUGAUAAUCUGAAAGGGAGAAGGGGUCGCCUGCCCUCCAAACCAAAGAGUCCCUUACAGCAGGAACCCUCUCCCCCCUCUCCUCCACUCAGCCUGGUCAAUGCCUUAGUGAGAGCACUCAGUGAGUCUACACCCAGAGAGCUUGACUACUCCACGUUCUGUGCUACAGACCAGCCAGCCGCCUCCACUGACGCCCAGCACCUCCAGCAGUUCUAUGGCCUCCUCACUGUUUCGAUAGAGGUGACCCGGACCUGGGCCGACAAGAUCCCAGGGUUCAAUGAGCUGCCCAAGGAAGACCAGACCCUCCUCAUAGAAUCUGCAUUCCUGGACCUCUUUGUCUUAAGGCUUGCGAACAGGUCGAUUCUUGCUGAGGAUAAGUUUGUGUUCUGUAACGGACGUGUGCUGCACAGAUCUCAGUGCCUUCGUGGGUUUGGGGAGUGGCUCGACUCAGUCAAAGACUUUACUUCAAACUUUCAAAGCCUUAACCUGGACAUCUCCGCCUUUGCCUGCCUGUCAGCACUUAUCAUAUUAACAGAGCAGCGGCAUGGAUUAAAAGAACCAAAGAAAGUGGAGGAGAUGCAGAACAAGGUCAUCUGCUGCCUAAGGGAUCACUUGAGCUUCAGCAGCAGUGGAGGUAGUGGGGCCGGUGUGGAGAAGGGGUCGACACCGCUGUCCAGGGUGCUGAACGUGCGGAGCGAGCUGAGGUCCCACCGCAGACAGGGGCUUCAGCGCAUCUUCUACCUGAAACUAGAGGACCUGGUCCCGCCACCGCCCAUCAUCGACAAAUUCCUGGACACUCUCCCCUAUUGAGCAAGUGAGUCAGCGAGGCAACCCUCUGUUUCUCUCUCCCCCCUGGCAGUAAACUCCCCACGGAGGUAGAGCCACGCACUUCAGCAGCCCUGUCUGGUUUAACACAAAUACAUGAGUAGAAUAAGAAGAAGAAGAAGAAGAAGAAGAAGAAGAAGAAGAAGAAGAAGAAGAAGAAGAAGAAGAAGCCCAGACACUUCAUGUUUGUGGACUUCUUACUACUCCCUGACUGUUUUAUUUUUUUUUUAUUGCAGAACUGUUAACACACAAAAAAUGCUUUGCUGCUUUUAUAUAUAUAUAUAUAUUUCCUUUUAUGGGGAAAUCGCUAACAAUGGCACUUUCUUGCACGAUGCUGUCCUGGCAGAGAAAACAGCAUAACUCUUUGAUUGUGGUUAGUCUGUAAUAUCCUUAAGAAAUGUCUGGAGUCUCCUAACCAAGCCAUCGCUGGCUUAGACGGAAAGCAUUGUUACAGUUGUAUGUAAUAUAACAUCCCAGAAUAUAUAUAUUUUUUAUUUUGGGUAAAAUUGAUAGACAUUUCAUUAUUUUUGACAGUUUGACUUAAAAUGUUAUAAAAAAAAAAGGGUGCAGAUGGUUGGAAGUAAGUUUUGAAUUGUACGCAUUAAAUGGAUUACAUCAAAAAAAAACAUGACGAAGGCUCUUAGCUCUCAUACUCAAGUGCAAUUUAUGAAGUGCUAUCUUAAAAACAGCCUAAUUUGUUUAUUUUAACUCUAAUUUAUUUUAAUACUAAGACAUGAAGAAGCAAAAAGCAAAAAAAUAUGAAAUGUUCGCACUAAUUUUUAUCGACAAAGUUACAUGAACUUGAAUUGCUGUAGUGGAGAUUUUACUGAUUUAGAGUUAGGACAAAGAAAGAGAGAAUGAAGCCUGGACACAGAGAAUUAGGACGAGCACUGUUUCCUUUAUCAAGAGGAAGGAGGGAAGUCGGGAAGUCGUUUUUGGGUCAUACAGGGUCAGAGACGGAAGACUGCGUUGUUUGGUUUUCUGUUUUUUAAAAUAAGGUUGGCACACUGCUCUCUCUUAGAGAAACCAGCAAGGCUUCCAGAGACGUGCAGGAGAAUGUGUGCUAGACAGGGUACAGAGGGCCGAGAUUAUACAUUCCCAGUUCGUACUCUUUUUUUCUAUGUUUAUACUGUUGAUGCCAUUUAUUAAUAUAAGAUGCAUUUGUUGCUAAAUGUCUUUAUUUGUACAAAAAAAGAUUAUAUGCAUGGUCAAUUGUAACGACAUUGCCUGUAUUUAUUGCAAAGACUGCCAGCUCAGAGUUAUUCCAGGACUUGUUCACACUGACUGAAAGACACUGCUGCCAUCCUCCAUUCCACACCAAACCACCAAAAAGAACCUUGAUAAUAUCUAGAAGUCUUUAUCACGAGUUACAAUGCGAGCAUCUUUCUAUCACAAAAUCAAAUUGCAUUGAGGCAAAAUGACGUCAGAGAUGCCCUAAAAGAUCCAGCUUGGAUUGUUAGCUAUAACUCAUGUUUUUUUUUGUUUUGUUUUACUUGCUGUAGCAAUUAAUGUUUCUCAGAAUUUAAAGAAAUACACCAAAUAAAAGUAAAAAAAGAAAAAAAAGGCAGAACACUAGAAUUUCAGUGUGUCUUCAAAGAAACCGAAAAUCAGAAACCUGGUUCACAACCAUGAUAUUUUAUAGUCAAUUAUUCAUCAAAGCAUUUCUAUUGCACCCCCUAGAGUGGAUUCUUCAGUGAAAGUAUGGAUAGGUGUAAUUCAUUAAGAAAUAUAAUAUUUUCUUAAAUCGUUCAGUUAAAUCAGAAAGGUUUUAGCAGCGUAAGCAGCUUGACAGCACUCAACAGGUUUGGCAUUUCUCCCAUUCAGAUAGUAGUUGUUAAAUCAGAUGUUGUUAAAUCAGAUGAACUAAAAUGCAGUGUAAUAGUAAUAUACAGUUAUUGUAUAUUUAUCAUUCCCUGCUAUAAAUGCACAAUAACAAGCAACUCCAAAUACCAAGGGCCAGUUUUUGUGAGUACAAUAAAUGUGGUUCAGAGGGACAUUACUCCCAGUUCAUGGUGAUAAGUUCAUAGGCAGGUUAGCAGCGAUUACAGACUGUUUUUUUGUGUCAAUUUGCAAGCUUUCCAUUCAUUGACAUAUAAUAGCUGUAUUUGUAAAGGUGUGUUAGAGUAACUGUGUCUUUAUGUAGAUGUGUGCAGUAGGCUGUAAGCAGGUGUGAUCAUGGGUUGCUAUCUGUUAGCCAUCAAGGGGUUCUCAUAGCAUCAUCGGAACAUCAUUGAUUGUAAAGUUGACAUUUGAGACCCGCACGCAAGCACAAUCAGCACCUCUGAUGUGUAUAAGAGAAACUGCUCAGGGUUUUCAAGCACUAAGUCUUAGCAACCAGGAACAGAUCAUAGCCAGGGCUCACCCAAGUGCCCAUUUACCCAGAUAUAAUAUAAAUAAAGGCAUUCAUGCAAGCAUGAUGAUUCAUAACAUUUUAGUACGCCAUAUAUAUAUAUAUAUAUAUAUAUAUAUAUAUAUAUAUAUAUAUAUAUAUAUAUAUACACUGAUACACAAAAGAAAUGCAACACUCAAGAGUUAAUGAAAUAUUUUAAACAUAGAUAUCAAACAAAAUCACAGAAAAUGUGAACAAAAAUACAGAUCAAAGAAUCAUGAUAAGUUUUUCGGUAUGAAACAUGACACACUGUCAAAAGGAAAACAUUACAAAGUUAGUAUCGGGUAUGACUUGCCUGGCAGCGUUGACGCAUAGACCUGAUCAGCCUCUGGAUAGACUGCUGUGGGAUGUUCCACCACUCUUCCUGUGCAGCUGCAGCCAGCUGGCGAAGGGUCGCUGGUCGCGGUUGUCUCCUGUGGAUGGCACUGGCGAUUUGGUCCCACAGAUGUUCUAUUGGACUCAGGUCAGGAGAAAAAGCUGGCCACGGCAAGACCUCGACAUUGUUUUCUUGAAGUUGUGCAAUUGUAAUCCUAGCACUGUGCGGUCUUGCAUUGUCCUGCUGGAAAAUCGACACUUCCGGAUUGGCUUGCAGGAACAGAAAAACUGUUGCCUCAAGGACUUUGUCAAUGUGUCGCUGAGCAGUAAGGUUGCCCUCAAUCUGCACCAAAGGCAUUUUUGUAUUAAAGGAGAUUCCUCCCCACAUCAUCACACUUCCUCCGCCCCACCGGUUGGCUUGAACAACGCACAAGUCACUGUAAUUGUCCUGGGCCAGUGUGGUGACCCUCUGCCUUUCAGGACGUGGCCUGUCCCUCACAGAGCCGGUCUCCUGGUUUCUCUGGACUAGUCUGCUGAUUGUUGAAGCAGAACAUCUAAUUCUCCGGGCAACUUCUCUCACAGACAGGCCACCUUCAAUCAUGCCGCUAGCAACCAGGCAAUCUUCAUUACUCAAGCAGGGCAUAUCUUUCAGUGUUCUUGUGUUAAUUAAAAUCAUGUAUUUUCAAAUGGCUAUUUAUACAGAUUCUUAAUCAACUCAUUUUGGCAAUUUUAACUCAACUCAAAUACCAAACACUGAGCACCUAACGUUUUUAUGAAAUCACAUGACUUGAGCUCAGUAUUUUGUUAUCCCAAGGAACAAUACUACUCAAACAAUCAACAAACCUAUCUGCUCACUAUUUAAAAUGUAAAUAACAUUAUGUAUAUGCCCAAUGAGCUAUUGAUGUAAAACAUAGACUCUGUUGUGUUUUCAUUGUGCAUCAGUAUAUUUAUAUAUAUGUGUGUGUGUGUGUGUGUGUGUGUGGAUCAGCCCUCACAAAAACAUACAAUUCCCUCCAACAAGCAUAUACUGUACAUACUUCCCCUUUUCUCUCAGAAUCCUUUUAUCUUUAUGUGAUUUCAAAAGAUGAUUCGUACUGAAUUGAUAUUUAAAUAAUAAUAAUAAUAAUAAUAAUAAUAAUAAUAUAGCACCCUGACGGACAGGAUGGGAUUGUUGGUACACCCAAGUUACCUGACAACCCCCAUCCAUUAAAUAAAAAUUGGCAAGAAAAGAACCCUUAUGUGCUCUACACUGCUGCCAUAAAUCCCAUAGUACCAACAUACAGUCAAUACUUUUACAGUCAAUAAUAUUUUUGACAAUACUAGAACACUAUGGGCUAGAUUCUCAAAGUUAUUUACUCCAAAUUGUCAUUAGCGCACUUUGUUUCUGAAUGGAAAAACAACCAAGUAAACAUCUAAAAUGAAUACGAAACAACUUCAUACAUCAUUCAAGGCCCAGAAUUAGUUGUUUAUAUCUGGUUUGGUAACUUUAUUGGGUGUGUCUCUCCUUUCUGAAAAAAAAUGUGUGAAUGAUGAUUUGGAGUAAAUAGCUUUGAAAAUUUAGCUCUAUGUGAUUCAUACAGGCGAGGUCACCUCCUACUUAUUAAAAGGUUGACAAGGCAAAGAAGCAUCAAAAACACUUUCUGCAAGACUGAUCCAUUAAUGAAAUGCUGGCAUUGUGCUAGAUUCUCAAAGCUCUUCACUCCAAAAUCAUGAUUAGUGCAUCCAAUAAUGUUGUUUCCAAACCAGAAAUAAGAAAUCCAACAUUUAAUUUAGGAGCCUGGAAAGAGCCAGGUUAUUUCAUAUUUAUUUUAGACUUUCAGAAAAAAUUGCUCACUUUUUGUUGGUCCCUUGACUGAACAUAAUCUACAGGGUUCGGUGUAAAUAGUCUAGACCAUUUUGUUCUAAUGCAGAGUGUUUUGUUUUUGGUGUCAGUGUGAACUCUCCCUUGUUUACAGGCUGAAUUCAGGAAUAUCCCAGCAGUUGUAGGAGAGUGCCUUGCAUUUCUUGACAGCAGAGUGUAUCUCGAAGAGCCAUUGAGCUCCUUUAGCAUCAAGACAGUGUGUCGUGUUAAUAUGAGUGCAUUUCUCAUUUCUCAAGUUGUUUGUGUACAUAAAGAGAUUGUGUAAAUUUAAAAAAAAAGAUUACAUUGAUUAAACUUUGAUCAGACUUUGA